UGCUCAACCUGUGUACUUUAUAAAUAUAUAUCAAUACAGUGAUAGGUUGAUACCUGUUCUGUUGACUGGGCAACUAAGCAAAUGAUGCAAGUUACUUAGCAAAACUUGUAUUUCGCACAGAUGAGGCGCAUGAGCUAAAGAAUACUAAAUUAUGAAGUCCGCUCAGUAGCUCCAUGAAAUUUCUAUUCUCUUUUUCCUCUUUUCUUGGCUUUUCUUUUUUAUUUCUUUUUUUUUAUUAAGAAAAAUGGCAUAUAAUAAUCAAUACGGAUACGGUAAUCAAGGAGGCUAUCAAUAUCAGCAAGGUGGAUAUCAAAAUUACCCUCCACCUGGUACGCCUCAACAGCAACAACAAGGCUAUGGAGCCUAUGGUAGACCUCCUAUGAGUCAGGGUGGAUACCCACCUCAACAAAGCUAUGGCCGUCCACCUGGACCACCUGGCUGUCCACCUGGUGCUGACCCACAAUUAUGGAGUUGGUUUACAGCUGUGGACACAGAUCACUCGGGUCAACUAUCGGUAGAUGAACUUCAACGCGCUUUGGUGAAUGGAGAUUGGAGUCCUUUUAAUAUUGAGACUGUUCGUACAAUGGUUAACAUGUUUGAUAAAGAUAAUAGUGGCACGAUAGACUUUAAUGAAUUUGCUGGAUUAUGGAGAUAUAUCGAAGACUGGAAGAAGUGCUUUCAAACCUUUGAUCGAGACAACUCGGGCAAUAUUGAUCAAGCUGAAAUGAGCAUGGCAUUAAAAACAUUCGGCUACAACUUAUCAGAUCGAUUCAUAAGUGUUCUAGUGCAGAAAUUUGAUAAAUACGGACAUUCAACAGGCAAAGGAAACAUUACGUUUGAUAACUUUGUUCAAGCAUGUGUUACAGUAAAGACAUUGACGGAUUCGUUCAGGCAGUUUGACACAGACAAUGACGGUUGGAUUCAAAUUAACUAUGAACAGUUCUUGGAGUUGGUUAUCCGUCAACGAUCUUGAUCUUUUUUUUUUUUUUUU